AAACCGUGAGAUUCAAUGUGAAAGUCAGUCAACAGCGAAAGCUUAACCCUUUCACCAGGGUUAAUAAGUUGCCUAAAUCAGCGAAAUGUUUAAGCUGUGUGCGGUUUUAUUAGUUGUGGGCGUGGCUCUGGGUCACAAAGAUGCCCAUUUUAACAUUGAUAGAAACACCAUUGUUCAUUUAUUCGAAUGGAAAUGGAAUGACAUUGCUGAUGAAUGCGAAAGGUUCUUGCAACACAAAGGAUAUGCAGGUGUACAGGUUUCCCCUGUUUCUGAAAACAUCAUUGUUGCUAACAGACCAUGGUGGGAGCGUUACCAACCAAUCAGUUAUCAACUAAACACACGUUCUGGUAAUGAGGUAGAGUUUGGUGACAUGGUUCGCAGAUGUAAAGCAGUGGGAAUCAAUGUUUACGUCGAUGUUGUCAUCAACCACAUGACAGGACCUGGUGAUAAGGGAACCGGAACAGGCGGAAGUUUAGCCUUCCCAGAUAAGAAAGACUUUCCAGCUGUACCAUACAGCGUUUAUGACUUCCAUGACGAUUGCAUCAUCGUGGACUACAACAACCCCGAAGAAGUCCGUAACUGUGAACUGUCUAAACUUAAAGAUCUUAAUCAAAGCACCGAGUACGUCCGAGGAAAAAUCGUGGACUUCCUCAAUCAUUUGAUUGAAUUAGGCGUUGCUGGUUUCCGUGUAGAUGCUGCUAAACACAUGCAUCCCAUUGACUUGGAAGUGAUGUACAACCGUGUGAAUAAUCUGAACACAGAUGUGGGACAUCCACCAAGUGCCCGUCCUUACAUUUUCCAAGAAGUGAUUGAUCUUGGUAAUGAGGCUAUCAGCCGCGAGGAAUACACCAGUUUUGCUUCGGUGACUGAAUUCAAAUAUGGCGCUGAGAUUGGAAGGGUAUUCAGAGGUUACAAUCAAUUGAAAUAUUUGUUUAACUGGGGACCUCAAUGGGGUUUGUUGAACGACCAGGAUGCGGUUGUUUUCGUUGAUAAUCAUGAUAAUCAACGUGGACAUGGUGCUGGUGGUGCUGAUAUCUUGACUUACAAGAAUGCUAAGAUGUACAAACAGGCGAUUGCUUUCAUGUUGGCCCAUCCUUAUUAUCAUGUCACCAGGAUUAUGUCUAGUUUUGAUUUUGACAACACUGAUCAGGGACCUCCUGCUGACAGCAAUGGAAACAUAAUUUCUCCUGGUAUUAACGCUGAUGGUUCUUGUUCCAAUGGAUGGGUCUGUGAACACCGUUGGAGACAGAUUUACAACAUGGUUAAAUUCCGUAAUGUGUGCAAAGACCGCACCAUUGUCAAGUGGUGGUCUAAUAAUGCCAAUCAAAUCGCUUUUGAGUUGGAAGAAGCAGGUUUCAUUGCCCUGACUACUUCCGGUAACAUAAACAUAAGCCUUCCAUGUUCUCUACCUGCUGGAGUGUAUUGUGAUGUCAUUUCCGGUGAUUACGUCAAUGGCGCUUGCACUGGUAAAACCGUCAAAGUUGAAAAUGGCCUCGUGAAUGUCAAUCUGGCCGAUAAUGAAGACGAUGGUGUUUUGGCUAUUCACAUCGAUGCUAGACUCCGCUCCAAGUUGUAAAGAUGUUGCACAAUUCCAAAAAUUAAUUAUACGAGUCAAUAUGUUAAAUAUUACAAGAAUAAAAAAAUUAAAUUAACUUAA